UCGACAACUCGGCAGCAGUUCGAUAUGAAGACCCUUGUUUGCACCCUCGUUGUCCUCGCCUUCCUGGCCACUGCCAGCGCUGGCUACCACGGCGGCUAUGGUCACGGUUACGGCCACGGAGGCUACAGCCACGCCAUCACUCACCAUUACGACAACCAGAGAGCGCACUACGGCUACGGAGGAUACGGGCACGGCUAUGGAGGAUACGGAGGCUACGGCCGGGGCUACGGGGGAUACGGAGGCUACGGUUAUGGUCAUGGGUUCUACGGCUAGGUUGUUCCAUCAGUGACUUACAAGCGAAGCAUGAAUGAUGUGCGCGCGCAGAAUAAAAGUUUUCUCU